GAUUCAUUCAUACUCCUUUGUUUUUACAGGCCGGGUAGGAUUUUACUGCUGCUUCUUCCUGUCCGUCCAAGUCCAAGGAGGAGAGGGCUGAACCUUACCCAAAAGCAAUCAUACCUGAAGCCGCAAUCGGAAAGCUCUAAACUUGACUGCACCCAGGCAGACCUUCUGCUGUAAAGCACCAGAGGAGAGCAAUGUUAUCCUCUUCUUCUCCUCCAAGCUCUCAUCUUUUGUUGACUCACUGUUUUAAGACUCCCAACCUUUCUCAUCAUCAGUGUAAGCGGCAGAAAAGAUGGGCCAAUGGGUCACAGAGAGCUUCUAAAGUUGUUGCUUACUAUGGCUUGAAGGAACCACCUUAUAAACUUGAUGCUUUGGAACCCUAUAUGAGUCAGAGGACAUUGGAGGUUCAUUGGGGAGGCCAUCAUCGUAACUACUUGGAAGGUUUGAACAAACAGCUAGAGAAGAGUGACAUACUGUAUGGCUACACUUUUGAUGAACUUGUCAAAGCAACAUAUAAUAAUGGGAAUCCCUUACCUGAAUUUAACAACGCUGCCCAGGUCUGGAAUCACGACUUCUUUUGGGAAUCCAUGCAACCUGGAGGAGGGGACAUGCCCAAACUAGGAGUACUUGAGCAGAUUGAAAAGGAUUUUGGUUCCUAUACAAGUUUCAGAGAGAAGUUUAUAGAGGCAGCACUAACUCUAUUUGGCUCAGGCUGGGUUUGGCUUGUUUUAAAGAGAGAAGAGAGACAACUCAAGAUAGUUAGAACUUCAAAUGCCAUUUGCCCACUUGUCUGGGAUGACAUACCGAUAAUCUGUUUGGAUAUGUGGGAGCAUGCUUAUUAUCUGGAUUACAAGAAUGAGAGAGGAAAGUAUGUGGAUGCAUUUAUGAACCAUCUUGUGUCUUGGAAUGCGGCAAUGGUGCGCAUGGCCCGUGCUGAGGCGUUUGUGAAUUUAGGCGAACCUAAUAUCCCUGUUGCUUGAAAUGCAUUGAGAUUAUAGAGGUAGUGCGGCUAACCAUUAUCAAGAGACUCCCCUAAUGAGUUUAUGCUAGUUUUUGGGGAAUCCACCGGAGUUUGAGGUAGAUUUUGAUCUGUUUUCAAGAAAGAGGACAUUAGUGGUGCUAUUGUGCUGAUGGAUGAUCUGCAUAGAGUGUGUCACAAAUAGUGUGUGAUUUUAGGGUCAACACUCUCAACAGUAGAGAAAUUGUACGAAUUCUAGCGAGAUGUAAUGAUGUAUUUUUUUUUGUGGUCUGGAACUGGAAGUUCAAGGGCAGAGAAUGAGUGUCGUACAAAGCUAAGCCUAAGCCAUAUAAAACAUGAAUUGAGCAAUGGAAAAAGAAAGAAAUGGCUUCCA